GAGAGCAAAAGCAAGACUAUUAACCUUAGGGUUUGUUCCUCCCUGCAUAACAAAGGUUUGACCAAAGAAAGACUAAAUCAUCAAAGUGAUUUGACUCAUCAAUUCAUUCAUUUCUAGUUAUCAUCGAUCUUAUUGUUCUGUUCAUUUCAUCUCUUUUUUUUCUUGUGAAAGUUCGUCCUUAUUAAUAUCACAGAUCUUCUUGGUCGUUUUCUGAUUCUUGAGGCCUUUGAAACGAAUCUUGACAGAUUUAGAAAAAAGGUUUUGUUUGGUUUCGUUUUUUCCCCAGAUUUUUCAUCAUUUUCCUAGGGAAGUUAUCACUUAUUGACUUUUGUGUGGACAGCUGAUCUUGUGUUUAGAUCUCUCUUUUGUUAUCAAGAAACAGUACCUUGGUUUUGAUUUGGAUCCAAGUGAGUUUGUUUCUAAAGAAAAAGAAACUAAUUUUCUCUUUCCUAUAAAAUUGUUCAGACUUAGGGUUUCAUAUGGAUUCACCCACUAAUCAUGGCAGGAGGAUGGUGAAAGGGAAGAUCGAGAUCAAGAGAAUCGAAAACCUAACGAGCAGGCAAGUCACGUUCUCCAAGCGUAGGAAAGGUCUCAUGAAGAAGGCUCACGAGCUUUCAGUUCUAUGCGAUACUCAAGUCGCAGCCAUUGUCUUUUCUCAGAAAGGCAAACUAUACGAAUACGCUAGCUCCGACAUGAAGAAGAUGAUCGAACGAUGUGAGUUACAUAGAAGGGAAUAUUUUCAUGAAGAGAGACUCCAAAAAGAGCAGCAGGUGCAGGAUCUCAAGGAUGAAAUCACGAUUAUGGUGAACUCCAUUGAACUUCUUCAACGUCAUUGCCGGAGGCUAAUGGGGGAAGAUUUAGAUACUUGUUCGGUGGAGGAGCUCAAAGAGAUAACUAUUCAAAUUGAGAAAAGCCUUACUAUUGUUAGAUCAAGGAAGGCUAAGUUAAAUGAAGAUGAGGUGGGGAAACUAAAAGCAGAGAUUGCAGGAAAAAGAGAGCUGUUGAACGAGAGAACUAGGCUGCACGAAAUGGUAUACGCAUACGCAUAUAUAUACAAUCCAAGGACAUAUAUGCAUGUAUUCAUUCUUGCACGCCCUACACUUAUUUAAUCAUGAACUUAGUCUUUGCUAUCUAUAUUUAUAACUAGUACAUAUGGAUACUAUAUAUAAGUUCACAACUCUGAAGGGAAGUUUUCAUGAUUUCUCAAUAGAACACAAUGAUAAAUUCAUUAGCUAAGAUUGUUAGAGCGUUCCAUAUAUAUAAUGUUUUUGUUGUUGACUGUCAUAUUCUAAUCUACUAGUUACAAAGAUCAUCUAAUUUAAUAAUAUAAUAAUCUUUUGAUGUUAAAAAACAAAAUCGUUUAGCGCUUUAUCUCUUUAUUCUUUAAAUAACAAAAAUAUCAUUCAGCUAUAGUCUAUAGACAUCAUGGUGGAUUAACCUUUGACAUCCAUGACUUAACUCUCAUGAAAAAUCUUGUGGUUGAUUAAUAGUGCUUUCGACUGAAAUCUAACUUGAGGAAAUCUGAAAAUCGUCCGUCAAAAAGUUAUUCGUUUUUCGUGAACUUUUUGUUUGUUUCUCUCUGAUUAUUGAGUUUCUUUUGUUUAGGAUUUAACUUGUUAUCAUUUCAGUUUGAAGAAAAGCCCUUGUGGAUGCAGUCGAGGAACUUAGAGAGUGAGAAGAAUGCAUCUUCCUCUGGCUGUGAAAACAUCCACAUAUCCAAUGUCGAAACUGAUUUGUUCAUCGGAUUGCCUAGAAGAGUGUAAUGAUCUCUUUCUUUUUUAUUAACAGGUUCUUGUUUUCAUAUUUUCCAAGUAUAUACUCGAUUCUCUA